AUGAAACAUCCCUUGGAGGAGCACUCUGUCUUUCAUAUUGACUUGAUAUCUAAUUUGGUUGAUGUAACUUAUUCUGAAUUGUUUUCACUUGAUUUUCCAUCCUUACUUGGAUUUGAUGAUGUUUACUCAUGUGCUGAUUGUACUGACACUAACAUUUGUGUUGUAUGUGCUGAGAUUGAUGUUGCCUUACAGGGUGACAUGUUUCCUACAGGUGAAGUUGUUGUAAACGAAGUUGUUUAUGCAGCUGAUGCUCUAGACAUCCCGACUGCCCCAAACGCCCCAUCCAUCGAGCAACCCCCGUCCUUAGAGCUGAAACAACUCCCGGAUAAUCUGAAAUACACUUAUUUGGAGAGUGAUGAAAAACUCCCUGUUAUUAUUUCUUCUAACCUUGAUUCCGAUCAGGAAAAUAAACUUUUGCAGAUUUUACUUGAGGACGGUGCUAAAACGGUAAGGAAGCCCCAAAGGAGGCUUAAUCCUUUGAUUCUUGAUGUGGUAAAGAAAGAGGUAACCAAACUCUUGCAAGCAGAUAUCAUUUAUCCUAUCUCUGACCGUUACUUUCAGAUUCAUUUUGCACCUGAAGUUCAAGAAAAUAUCACUUUCACGUGCCCAUUCGGUACAUUUGCUUACAAGAGGAUGCCUUUUGGUCAUUGCAAUGCUCCUGGAACUUGCCAACGAUGCAUGAUUAGUAUUUUCUCUGAGUUUGUUGAAAAUUGCAUGGAAGUGUUUAUGGAUGACUUUACUGUUUAUGGUUCAUCUUUUGAUGCAUGCUUGAAAAGUUUGAAUAUGGUUUUAGAGAGAUGCAUCGAGACUGACCUUGUUUUAAAUUAUGAAAAAUGUUAUUUUAUGGUUGAGCAAGGAAUUGUUCUUGGUCACAUAAUUUCUGAAAAAGGAAUUUUUGUUGACCCUGCUAAGAUUGACGUAAUUUCUACAUUGCCUUACCCUUCUUGCAUUCACAAGAUUCAUUCUUUUCUUGGUCAUGCAGGUUUUUACAGGCAUUUCAUCAAGGAUUUCAGCAAGAUAUCUCUUCCGAUGUCAAACUUGCUGAAGAAUGACGUCACUUUCAGUUUCGAUGACAAAUGCAAACAAGCGUUUGACUUCUUGAAGAAAGCAUUGACCUCCGCUCCCAUCAUCCAUCCUCCCGACUGGACCCUCCCUUUUGAGAUUAUGUGUGAUGCUUCUAAUUAUGCUGUUGGGGUUGUCCUUGCACAAAGAGUUGAUAAGGCUGCCCAUGUUAUAUCAUACUUAAUAGGUUCCAAUGUUGUUGUUUUUACUUACCAUGCAACUUUAAAGUACUUGUUAAAGAAGCCGGAAGCAAAACCGAGAUUGAUUCGGUGGAUGUUAUUGCUCCAAGAGUUUAAUGUAGAGAUUAAAGACAAAAGUGGAGUUGAGAACUUAGUGGCUGAUCACUUGAGCAGAAUAAAGAGAGAUGAAGAUCCUUUUCCCAUCCAGGAUGACUUUCCUGAUGAGCAACUUUUACUUAUGCAUGGUAUUACUCCUUGGUUUGCUGAUAUUGUUAAUUAUCUUGUUGCUGGUGUUUUUCCUAAAGUCGGCGGACAUUUUGGUCCUCAAAGGACUGCAAGAAAAGUCCUAGACUCGGGUUUUUAUUGGCCCACUAUUUUUAAGGAUGCCAAUGAGGUUUACCUCACUUGUAAAGAGUGCCAGAUAGCAGGUACAAAUGCCACUCGUAAGAGUGAAAUUCCUCAGCGGCCUAUGCUUUUCUGUGAGGUAUUUGAUGUAUGGGGAAUCGACUUCAUGGGUCCCUUUCCUAUAUCAUUUGGUUUUUUGUACAUUUUACUUGUUGUUGAUUAUGUUUCAAAGUGGGUAAAAGCUAUCCCUACUAGGACUAAUGAUUCUAGAGUUGUUGCAGAUUUUGUCAGGUCUAAUAUCUUUUGUAGGUUUGGAAUACCGCGAGCUAUCAUAAGUGACCAAGGCACUCAUUUCUGUAAAUGCACCAUUGAAGCUUUGCUCCGGAAGUAUGGAGUUAUGCACAGAAUUUAUACCGCAUAUCACCCACAAACAAAUGGGCAAGUUGAGAUCUCAAACAGAGAGAUCAAACAGGUUUUAGAGAAAAUGGUGCAACCAAACAGGAAGGACUGGAGUCGCCGUCUAGAAGACGCACUUUGGGCUCAAAGAAUAGAUUUCAAGACACCCAUUGGGAUGUCUCCUUAUCGACUUGUUUUUGGUAAGGCAUGUCACCUUCCUGUAGAGAUAGAACACCGUGCUUAUUGGGCGGUGAAAAGUUGCAAUUUGGAGAUGCAACAAGCAGGUAUUGAAAGAAAACUCCAAUUACAACAGCUUGAAGAGCUUAGGCUAGAGGCUUAUGAAAGCUCUAGGAUUUAUAAAGAGAAAACUAAGCACUUCCAUGAUAAGAUGAUUUCUAGGAAGGAAUUCUCUAUGGGCCAACAGGUUUUACUGUUUAAUUUCCGCCUUAAGCUUAUGGCUGGGAAACUUCGAUCCAAAUGGAUUGGCCCUUUUGUCGUUACUAACGUUUUCCCUCAUGGUGCAGUAGAAAUUAAAAGUGCAGGUACUGAUAAAGUUUUCAAGGUCAAUGGGAAGCGCCUAAAUCUAUUUCAUGAGAGUUCAGCGCCUGACAAUGAAAGCAUAUAG